UGUAUUUGCCUGAAUUAAUGUCGCUCAGAAACUCAAUGGAUUUGUUCUUCGACAUUAAAGAAAGGAGAUGGUGAUCGAUUGAAGUGAAAUUCAGCAGCGUGUGUUUGAAGAUGUGCAGAAUAGAUAAUCUAUUGGAUAGAAAGCAGCUGAUGAAAAUUGGAAUUGCCUUAAUUAUAAUUGGUCAUUUGAACUUCAUUCUUGGAGCGAUUAUCCACGGCACAGUCCUGCGACAUGUCACUUCACCAGAAAAUGGCAGUUUGGUUGAAUAUUCUGUGACCAACGUCAUGUCUGCAAUUUCAGGAAUACUGACUAUUUGUACUGGAAUUGCAGUGAUUGUGUUAUCAGGGAACCUGUCUCGCACAAUACUGCAAUACAUUGUCUUUGCAAGUAGUAUGCUCAAUUCCCUUAUGUCCAUGGCCUGCCUGCUGGGUCUGGGAGUCUCUGUUGUAAUCACCAUUGCCAAUGGUGGAAGAACGCUUCUCACAGUUUGUCAUCUCAGCUCCACCAAGGAUGUUUUACAAAUAACAAAUGAAUGUCCAUUUGAUCCUACAAGAAUCUAUGAUACCACUCUUGCAAUGUGGAUUCCAAGUCUGGUGCUGACUGGUGUGGAGACUUUCCUGUCUAUCAGAUGUUUCUUCGUCUCUGUUAAUUUAUUAGGAAUCAAGAAGAAGCCACUUAAAUCUGACAGGAAACAGGUGAGACAAAAAUCUUCGGAAGAAAUUCAGGAAACAGAUGAAGACAGUGAGCUUUUGGAAGAAACUACAGUGAGGUUCUGGGUGUGACUACAAUCGAUCACAUUGACUGAUGAACAGCUAUGAAAGACAAAGCCCACUUUUCCUGACAAAUAGGUCAAGUGUAGGUCAAAUGGACUUUUCAGACACUCCUAUAUUUUUGGAUGAAGUCCAAAUUCAUGCUACGACUGCCUCAACAAACACAAAAGUAUCAAACAUUUGCAAAGGUUUCACAGGAACUUUGUCAGAUAAUUUUAGAUCUGGCAUUGGUUUCCUGGCAAUAUAUCCAGUUUUAAUCUAUGCAUUGUUUUUGCAUGAAAUAUUAUACACUUCUAUGCAGCAAAUCGUUAUGACCUGGGAUGCACUGCCAGGAAAAGGGGGUGGAAGUAGAUUCAAUAGGAAAUUUCAGAAGGGAAUUGGAUAAAGACCUUUGGGAAUGGGUGGGGAAGGGAAGGUGGGAGGCGUAAAGACAAAUUUUGGGGAUCAAGGACAGGCAAAGACAAUAUUGAUUGAAGCACCCCCCUUUAAUGUGUGAUUCUUUUAUCCAGCGCAUUGACAUUGUGAAGGCUAACAGGAUUGACUUUUACCACAGCAAUGUUUACAAUCAGUACAUUCGUGGACGGCACGGUGGCACAGUGGUUAGCACUGCUGCCUCACAGCGCCAGAGACCCGGGUUCAACUCCCGCCUCA